ACAUCUCGUAUUUGCUUUGAGUGGUUCUUAAUUCCAAAAUCAAUCUAAACUACAGCCGUCAACAUGCCUUUCAUGCGUUCCUUGACAGUGGUUGGAUGCCACUGCGAAGGUGAGGUGGGCGAUGUAAUCACUGGCGGCGUCCUCGAUGUCCCCGGCAACACAAUGUCCGAGAAGCUCAUUCACAUCUCAACAAAACAUGACCACAUCCGCCAAUUACUGCUGAAUGAGCCCCGAGGUCGCCCGUCGAUGAAUACAAACCUUCUUCUCCCACCUUGUGAUCCACGCGCAGAUGCCGGCUUCUUAAUCAUGGAAAGCGAGGAAUACGCGCCCAUGUCUGGGUCGAAUCUCAUCUGCACCACGACCGUGCUACUGGAAACCGGCAUGGUUGCGAUGAAAGAACCUGUUACUGAAUUGGCCUUGGACACGGCCGCCGGCUUAGUUACCGUCACGGCGGAAUGUGAAGCGGGGAAAUGCAAGGCGGUGGAGUUCAACAAUGUCCCUGCGUUUGUGCUUGAACUGGAUUAUAAAGUUCAUGUCCCCGGUCUCGGCGAGGUAACUGUUGAUAUCGCGUAUGGGGGGAUGAUGUACCUAUUAGUUGACGCUGCAUCACUUGGCUUGAAAGUCGACAACUCACAAGCUCGCCAGCUUAUUGAAAUCGCCGAGCGCAUCAAACGUGCCGUCGAAGCGUCUUAUACACCCAUUCACCCGGAAAACCCUAAUAUCACGGGAUUCAGUGUGCUGGAAUACACGGAGCCCGUUGAAGUCGAAGACGGGGUAAAGGUGGCUGCCAACGCGGUGGUUGUCUCCCCAGGGCGAUUCGACCGUAGCCCCUGUGGCACCGGGACGUGUGCCAGGUUAGCAGUCAUGCAUAAAAGAGGCGAGAUCACUGAAGGAGAAGUCUUCAAGCACCGCAGCAUUAUUGGCACGGAGUUCGUAUGCCGGAUUCGUGGCACCGCCAAGGUCGGAGAUUACCAGGCUGUGCUGCCUACGGUCAAGGGUCGAGGUUGGAUAACGAGCUUCAAACAGAUGGUCCUUGACUCCACCGAUCCUUUUCCAGAGGGAUUCAGAGUGGGAGACCAAUGGCACAUGGCUCCAAACUAAGAUCAUUGAUAUUGUAACCCACGACUUUCAUUUAAUAUUGUUCGGGCUUAAUAUCGCCAUUCUAUUUGAGACAGAAAUAAGGAUUCAACCUUGUCUAUAUCUACACUACAG